AGCCUGCACAUAACCUCAAAAAAUUGGCCUGUUAUUUUACAUCUUUUUGGUGAUUGUGGAGUAGAAGCCGAUUUUUGCUACCUUCAUUAAAUUUUAAAUAUUUCAUAAUAUGCCUAUUACUGCAUUUAGGAAGGUUAUUUCUACGCAAAAUGAAAAAGAGGAGGGUAUAGCUAAUACACAUCCAGAGGAAGAAACAUUUCGGCACCUUUUUGAUGUUAUGAAAACAGCGUUUGAGUAUGAAGAUAAUUCUUUUGCUCUAGAAGUUCAAAGAACGGUUUACUCGACUAUUGCACAGUAUUCUCCAAAGGGAACGGAUAACGUUAACUUUGCUGCAUUGUUAGAAGUGAUAAAUAAAGGAGGGAAUGAUUUAGUCAAGACUGAUAUAGCAAAAAAAUGUUUUCCAGGUAUUCCAACAUAUGUAACGCAAAAUUUAGUACAGGGUUUACAUUAUUUAUUGAAAGAAUUACCUAGCGAUUUUAAAAAGAAUUUAUUUUCACAUUCACAACCCGCAAGUGGAACCAAUCAUGUUAAAAAAUUUGUGGUGCCAGAACAUUUUUAUAAGUCCACAAAAAAGAAACUUAAACAUCAGAAUACUACGCUCAAACAACCCAUUAAACUUGACCCCACAAGCUGGUUGAAGGAGCGUUACAAUCAGUACAAAACUUUAAUGCCCGGACUUUUAUGCGAAGAGUUUGUCAAUUCCGUACAUCAAUUACUGUCUUCCAAUAAAAAAGAAGAUGAACUACAAAAUGACUUUAUAGAAAUGUUAGGUUUCGAUUUAUUUGAAUUAGUAGCGGAUAUACUUAGUAAUAGAGCGCACUUAAGUCAGACAGCCAACCAAAAUGGGCUGGGUCCCUCUGUUGGGUCAAAGUCGUCUAGUCCACCUAACCUAGAGUCUGUCUUAGGUGAAUUAAAUAAGUUAGAAAAAUUAGUCGUGCAAGUGUUGGAAAGUACAACCGUGUCGCAUGAAGCUUUCGAAAGGAAAACAUUGCAGCAGCGUACUAGCAAAACCCUUAAAAAUAUGCCCAAUAUUUACGACGAACAUUUAGAUAUUGUCACCAAAAUGCAAAUAUGUGGAAGCGUGGCCAGUGUACCAUACGACGCAAUUAUAAAAAGUCGCGAAUUAUACGAAGAAAUUACCAUACCACCCAGAAAGAAUAACACACCCCCUGAGCAGAUGGGUAAGGUCGCCAUAAGUUCAUUGGAUGUGAUCGGCAAAAUGGUAUUCAAGGAUAUAAAACAUUUUAAUCUCAUACAAUCGAAAGUAUUUAACAUCGCCUACAACACCAACGAGAACAUGCUUGUUUGCGCUCCUACAGGCUCGGGAAAAACAAAUAUCGCCCUGAUGACGAUCGUAAAUCAGGCUAAGAAGUUCAUUGAAGAUAAUGUAAUCCACCUAGAAAGGUUUAAGAUCGUUUACAUAUGUCCAAUGAAAGCGCUGGCGGCUGAGAUGACAGCUAAUUUUAGUAAGAAACUCGCGUGCUUAGGUGUAAAAGUAAAGGAGUUAACUGGGGAUAUGCAGUUGUCGAGGAAAGAAAUAAUUGAGACGCAAAUGUUAGUUACGACACCGGAGAAGUGGGAUGUUAUCAGUCGAAAGGGAACGGCUGACGCCGAAUUAACCAGUUUAGUGAAAUUAUUGAUCAUCGAUGAAGUGCACCUACUAAAUACAGACAGAGGACCUGUCAUUGAAGCGCUGGUCGCUCGAACUCUCCGUCAAGUGAUUACAUCCCAAAACAUGAUUCGUAUAAUUGGACUUUCGGCCACAUUACCGAGUUAUCUCGACGUCUCUCAAUUUCUUAGGGUUAAUCCAGAAGUAGGAUUAUUUUAUUUUGACAAUCGAUUUAGAUCAGUACCUCUGGUGCAGACAUUUGUUGGUAUUAAACCGAGCAAACAGGGACAGUACCAAAAUGAUUUGGAUGAAGUGUGUUUUGAGAAGGUUGUUGAAUUUCUAAGAGACAAUCAUCAGGUACUUGUGUUCGUCCAUGCUAGAAACCAAACUGUAAAAACGGCAAAUUUCCUAAAAGAAACCGCAGGAAAACGUAAAAUGCUUGAUUUGUUUUUACCACCGAGAUCUAUUCAAGCAAAAAAAGCGAAUUUGGAAAUUGGAAAUGCACCCAAUAAAAUUGUGGACGAUUUGGUGGCGCAUGGCCUUGGUGUACAUCACGCUGGUAUGAUGAGGCGUGAUAGAUCUCUGAUAGAAAAACACUUUAUGAAUGGUACCAUAAAAGUAUUGGUGUGUACUGCAACUUUGGCUUGGGGUGUGAACCUUCCCGCGCACGGAGUUAUUAUCAAAGGUACAGAAAUUUACGAUUCCAAGCGGGGAUCUUUCGUUAAUUUGGAUAUUCUGGAUGUCCUACAAAUAUUUGGUAGGGCUGGUAGGCCGCAAUUUGAUACCUCUGGCCAUGGUAUCAUUAUGACAAGUAAUGAAAAAAUGAACUUCUAUCUUUCUUCGUUAACUAAUCAGCUUCCAAUUGAGAGUAACCUAAUGAAGGCUUUAGCUGACAACUUAAAUGCCGAGAUUGUCCUGGGAACCAUUGCGAAUAUUCAAGAAGCGGUGGAAUGGCUAACGUUUACUUACAUGUAUAGGAGGAUGAAUGCUAAUCCGCAUGUCUACGGAUUAUUGCCGAAAGACUUUGAGGAUGAUCCCACGUUACGGCGGCAUCUAUUUGAUUUGUGCCACAAUGCCGCGGAACAUUUAGAUCGCACUCAAAUGAUUCGUUACGAUAAAAGUUCGGGAGAGUUUACAUCAACGUAUUUAGGCAGAACCGCUAGUUAUUUUUAUAUAACUGUUGAGAGUAUUGAAAACUUUAGUGCUAAAAUGCAGCCGUUUAUGACAGAAGCUGCUAUUAUUCAAAUGAUGUGUUAUGCUUCCGAAUUUAAUGAUAUGCAAGUGCGGCCUGAUGAAUUGGAUGAUCUCGAUGGUUUAACGGAUUCCUAUUGUGAAUUUCCAGUGACCACUGGAGUAGAGAAUCCGGAUGGAAAAGUCUAUGCGUUAAUGCAAACGUAUUUAUCACGUGGGUACAUCAAAUCAAUCUCCCUUGCCUCUGAUAUGGAAUUCAUUAACCAAAGCUCUGCCCGAAUCGCGCGCGCUCUGUUUGAUAUCGCUAUACAUCGCAAUCAGGCGACAUUUGCUGGACGCUGUCUUAACGUCGCGCAAGCUUUUGAGAGACAAAUGUGGCCGUUUCAAUCACCUGUUCGACAAUUUCCCGAUAUCCCAAUCUCCGUGAUAGACCACAUUGAAAGUCAUCAUAUACGCAUUCAAGAUCUGAAAGAUGUCGAUGAUAAAGAUCUCGGUUAUUUGAUCAGGAACCACAAGGUGAAGAACGUACUUAGGCAUUACGUGGAUUCCUUUCCUUUACUUUCGAUCGACUCGACUUUACAUCCGAUUACUAGAGGCGUUAUACGAGUGAAACUUUUUAUCACGCCAAUGUUUGUAUGGAAUGACAAAAUCCACGGGAAGGGUUGUGAGAAUUUUUGGUUGUGGGUUGAAGAUCCUGAUAAUGAUACAAUUUAUCAUUCCGAAUCUCUGGCUAUAACUAAGGCCGUUUGUACCAAGAUGGAAACAUUGGAACUUGUGUUGACCCUACCUUUGGUUGAACCAAGGCCAAAUCAGUAUUUGGUUCGAGUGUGUAGCGAUCGCUGGAUGCAUGCUACCCACCAACAUGCAUUAUCAUUUAAGGAUCUGUACAUACCUCUUAGUUUUACUCCUCAUACGGAACUCCUAGAACUUCGACCUUUGUCGGUUGAAGCAUUAGGCAAUUCGGUUUAUCAAUCACUCUUCAAAUUUUCUCAUUUCAAUCCAGUUCAAACACAAAUAUUUCAUACACUGUAUCACAGGGAUGACAACGUAUUAUUGGGUGCGCCUACAGGAUCUGGUAAAACUAUAGCAGCUGAAAUAUGCAUCUUUCGGUUAUUUAACAAAAACAGCAAUUUAAAGGUUGUUUAUAUCGCGCCAUUAAAAUCUUUGGUGAGAGAGCGCGUGGAGGAUUGGAAGAAGCGUUUUGCUAAUGAUUUAGGUAAAAAGGUUACUGAAAUUACUGGAGAUGUCACGCCUAGCAUGCAGAUGUUAAAAGAAGCUGAUAUUAUUAUAACAACCCCCGAAAAGUGGGACGGCUUGAGUAGAGGUUGGCAAAAUAGGAAGUACAUUCAGGAUAUCGGUUUAAUAAUAAUAGACGAAAUUCACUUGCUGGGCGAAGAUCGCGGCCCCGUUCUGGAAGUAAUCGUCUCGCGAACAAAUUUUAUCGCUUGCCAAACGGGCAUGAAGCCCAGAAUUAUUGGUCUGUCUACAGCCAUGGCCAAUGCUGGAAACUUAGCAAACUGGCUCGGAAUUAACGAGGUUGGAUUGUAUAAUUUCCGUCCGUCUGUGCGUCCUGUACCUUUAGACGUACACAUAAUGGGUUUCUCUGGGAAGCAUUAUUGCCCGAGAAUGCUCUCGAUGAACCGACCGACUUACCAAAAGAUAAGACAAUUUGCUCCGGACAGCCCUACUUUGGUAUUCUGCUCCUCGCGUAAACAAACUCGACUAACUGCCAUUGAUCUGAUCACAUUCUUAUCGACUGAUUUCGACAGCAAACGUUGGCUGCACUGUGACGAAGAAGUUAUGGAGUAUAUUGUUCGAAAUAUAUCGGAUCCAGAUUUGCAGCACUUUUUAUUGUUCGGCAUCGGCAUACAUCAUGCUGGCUUACAAGAGCAAGAUCGCAAGACCGUCGAAGAACUAUUUGUUAAUCAAAAGAUACAAGUGCUAAUAGCAACCGCUACGCUUGCUUGGGGUGUAAAUUUUCCUGCUCAUCUUGUUGUAAUUAAAGGAACUGAAUAUUUCGACGGUAAAACGAAACGAUACAUCGACAUGCCAAUUACUGACAUUUUGCAAAUGAUGGGCCGAGCCGGUCGACCACAAUUUGACACCAGCGGAGUGGCGUGCGUUUUCGUGCAGGAUAUAAAGAAGAAUUUUUAUAAAAAGUUCUUGUACGAACCGUUCCCGAUCGAAUCAAGUUUGAUGCAGGUGUUACCGGACCAUAUCAAUGCAGAAAUUGCGUCCGGCACAAUCGCCACCAAAGACCAGCUUAUGGAAUACAUGACGUGGACAUACCUUUAUCGUAGGCUUCUAGAAAAUCCCGCAUAUUAUAAGGUGGACGAUGUUGAGCCGUCUGGAUUGCAAAAGUUUUUGAGUGAUUUGGUUGAUGCUGUCAUUGAUGUUUUGGAUGAAAGUAAUUGUAUUCGAGUUGAAGAAGUUGAAAUGAGACUGAGAUACGAGAUUACAUUUUACGGACAAAUGGCGUCUUUCUAUUAUCUAUCGCACAAAACUAUGGUGCACUUCCAAAAGCAGUUGGAGAAGGACAUUACCAUCUUUGAGAUAAUUAAAGUAUUGUGUGGCGCGGAAGAGUAUGCAACGUUUCCUGUACGUCACAACGAAGAUAAAAUUAACAAGGAUAUUGCUCAAGAAAUGGCUUAUCCGUUAAAUGGAGAAUCCUGCGAAUUGCCUAGUGUCAAAGUUGCGCUACUCAUUUAUGCGCACUUACAGCGUUUUAAAUUUCCGAAUCAAGAAUAUAAAGUUGAUUUUAAAUUAGUCAUGGAUCAAGCGUUGCGGGUUUUACAGGCUAUGACCGAUAUCGCCUCAAAUAAAGGGUGGCUCAGUUGCACACUACGCGUAAUUCACGUGAUGCAAAUGCUUAUUCAAGGCCAGUUUUUAGGCACAUCUGUGUUAUUGACGCUUCCGCAUGUCACGGAAGCGCAUCUUCCUACACUCUAUUCUGAAUUACAAAAAAAAUUAAACAUGGACGAACGUAGCGUAUCACUCCCAUCACUAAAGUUCGCCUGCCAGAAGAAUCGAGUACAACUAGAAUGCGCACUUACAGUGUUGUUCGAGAUGAAAACGGCCAAAGAAAUUUUGAAACACAUAUCCGACAUACCCUUGCUAGAUGUCUCCAUUACGUUUCCCCAAUUAGAACAGACACUUUCAAGGAAGAACAUACCAACUUUAUCACUAACGGCGGACGAAGAAUAUGAAUUCGUAUUUAACAUUAGGCGCCUAGGUUCACCCGAUCUGUCGGUACAUGCCCCCAGAUUUCCCAAGAAGAAGGACGAGGGAUGGUUUAUUUGCGUUGGGGAUUCGAAGUACGACUAUUUACUGCAAAUUAAAAGGGUUACUGUUGUUAGACAAACGAACUGUUCUAUGAUGAUCACUGCACCUUCGGCACCUGGAAAUUAUGUUUUUACGAUUUUUAUCGUUAGCGAUUCGUAUUUAGGACUUGAUCAGCAGUACAACAUUCCUGUGAUUAUUACGUGAAGAGCGAUUGUUAUGUUUAUUAAAUUAUCUAUUAGAAUUUAUGGGGAAUGUGAUAAUAAUCUUAAAUAUGUAUACAUAGUGAUAUAACUAUAUGUAUACUCGAAAGUAUAACACACUGUUGAAGGUUUUUAGUCAACAGAAUUUA